UGACAGCUCGAAUGGCUACAUGGCCAUGAGGCCUUCUGUUGCUGGCAACCCACUGAUCAACUCAUCCUCCAAGAUGAGACACUCACUACGCAAAGGAACAUAUGUUGAAGCUGAUGAAGAGAGCAAGAUGUUUGAUGAGGAUGGUUUGUCCGUAAACACUGAGGAUCUUCUGAGCUUCUCAUACCAAGUGGCCAAAGGCAUGGAGUUCUUAGCCUCCAAAAAUGUGAGAAUCUACCUGACUUAUUACCAAUUUGAAAUAGAAUUUUGGAUGGAACUCUGUUCAUUGACUUCU